AGCUUUUGGAACAGAUGUUGGAAGAUGUUAGCUGUGGAUACAGGGAUUGUGGAGGAGUGGUUAUCAGAGUUCAAGACGCUGCCAGAAGCAUCCAUAUCCAGUUAUGCUACAAACUUGAAAGACAAGAGUGCUCUGGUUUCAUCUCUUUACAAAGUAAUUCAGGAGCCACAAAGUGAACUUCUGGAGCCAGUUUGCCAUCAGCUCUUUGAGUUCUAUCGCAGUGGUGAGGAGCAACUGCUACGCUUUACACUGCAGUUCCUACCAGAAUUGAUGUGGUGCUAUCUGGCUGUCUCAGCCAGCAGAGAUUUGCAGAGCAGUGGUUGCAUAGAAGCUCUCCUUCUGGGAGUUUACAACUUGGAGAUAGUUGACAAGCAGGGUCAUAGCAAAGUGCUGAGUUUCACAAUUCCAUCUCUGUCCAAACCUUCAGUCUAUCAUGAACCUUCUAGCAUUGGCUCCAUGGCUCUCACUGAAGGAGCUUUAUCCCAGCAUGGUUUGUCCAGGGUUGUAUACAGUGGACCUCAUCCUCAGAGGGAGAUGUUAACAGCACAGAACAGGUUUGAAGUGCUGACAUUCCUUCUGCUCUGCUACAAUGCUGCCUUAAGCUACAUGCCUGCAGUCUCUCUCCAGUCAUUGUGUCAAAUCUGUUCAAGGAUCUGUGUCUGUGGAUAUCCUCGCCAACAAGUGAGAAAGUACAAGGGAGUAAACAGCAGGAUUCCAGUUUCUUCUGAAUUUAUGGUGCAAAUGCUAACAGGGAUUUAUUAUGCCUUUUAUAAUGGAGAAUGGGAUCUGGCUCGUAAAGCAAUGGAUGACAUUUUGUAUAGAGCACAGCUGGAACUGUAUCCAGAACCUCUGCUGGUUGCUAAUGCAAUAAAAGCUUCACUGCCUCAGGGUGCCAUGAAAUCUAGUAAAGAAGGUACAAAAUGCAUUCAGGUUGAAAUUACACCUACUUCGUCUAGAAUAUCCAGAAAUGCUGUGACUAGCAUGUCUAUCCGAGGUCAUAGAUGGAAAAGACAUGAACAACCAGAGAAUGGUAAUGAUGCUACUGAAUUGGGCAACUUUAUCAUACCUGAGAUUAGUGUCACAAAUGUGGCUGGAGAGAGAACCGGGAAUGGGGAAAAAAGCAGAGCACUAGCAGAGAAUGAUGUUCAGCAUUUACAGGGUGUGCAGGAAACAGCUCCAGACCCUAGAGCUGACAGCAAAGGCAUACCAGAAAUCAGGAGGCAGAAAUCUGUAAGAAAAAUGAUGGAGGAUGGAAUAAACUCAUCCGGCAGAGUGCAGUUUUAGCAGAGCACUUGUAGCUGCACUCGAAGAUAAUACUGAUUUAGCAAUUCAAGAAGAACUGAUAGAAGUAUCUGAAACUGAUGAAGGAUUUUACUCAAGGGCUACUUCCAGCACAAGUCAGUCUGCCUUAUCAAACAGCAACACCACCAGCAGCAAGAGCCUUUUAGGGAAGAGCCAACGAAGAUCUGGAGGAAGCAAAGCUGGAGGGAAAGAAAAAGAAGGGGAAAGCUGCAGAGAACACUUGUCACGAAAACAAACGCAGAGAGCCAUGAGUGAGAACCUAGAGCUCAUCUCUCUGAAGAGACUGACCCUGACAACCAGCCAGUCCCUGCCUAAACCUGGCAGUCAGAGUUUGGCCAGAACUACCACUACUGUUUUCAGUAAGUCCUUUGAACAGGUCAGUGGUGGUGUCACAGUUCCAACUAAUCGUGGCGGUGUAUCUGGUAC